AUGUCUCACAACGAAGCUGGAUCGGAUGCCACUGUGCAGCGGCCAAAAAAGCUCAUCUUCGCCCCCGGAGACAUUGAAGCUGGAGCCGAGUCCCCAAGUCCCGCUACUCCCCCGACACAAACACCCGCUCCAAUUCCCACCCGUCUAGUCCAAGCCGAAGCCCUCCGCUCCGAAACCUCGACGCCCAGCUCCACGACCGAAAGCCAGAUCCUCUCCCAUGCGGCACGAGCACACCAAUUCGUGACCAACCCUCCCCUCACGGUAUCCCAGCUCCACGGCACCAACCCGCUACAUCAAUUCCACACCUGGUUCCGCGACCCGCGGUUGCCGGCGAGCUCGGCGCCCGAGACGUGCACGCUCGCUACGGCCGAGCUUCCAUCUGGCCGGAUCAGCGCGCGUACUGUAUAUCUCAAAGAACUUGAUGAGCGCGGGUGGGUGGUGUACAGUAACUGGGGUAGUCGGGAGGGUAAGGGCGGGCAAGUAUUCGGACGACGGGCAGCGGCCGAUGGCGAAAACGCACCAGGCGCGAUUCCCGAGCCUGACGAGAUACAAGAGGGACCAGAUGCAGGCAAUAAAUGGGGCGCGUUGACUUUUAGCUGGUCGACUACUGAGCGACAGGUUCGGGUGGAGGGUAUGCUGGAGCCGCUUUGUCGGGAGGAGAGCGAAUUGUACUGGCGCACGAGAGAGCGUGGCAGUCAAAUUGGCGCUUGGGCUAGCUGGCAGAGUCGUGUGCUCUGGUCUGCUGAACCGGCUCAGCUGGCGGCGCACCAGCGGCGCAAGAGCGUGGCUAAGUUGCAGGCGUCGGCGGGAUCUGUGACUGGCGCUGAUGUCCCUGCCGAUAUCGACUUGACGGAUAUCAACGACGGCCGGGCAUUGCUUGAGCAGCGUGUUCGGGAGGUGGAGGAGCGGUUUGCCGGUGUCAAGGAGAUUCCUCUGCCUCCUUUCUGGGGUGGUGUUCGUCUGGUGCCAGAGUCGGUUGAGUUCUGGCAAGGCCGUCGGAGCCGAUUGCACGAUCGAUUCCGGUAUGUACGUGUUGAGGGUGAAGGCGAGGAGGUUCAAUGGCAGUUGCAGAGACUCUCGCCAUGA